AUGGCUAGCGAGAUCGAGCCCGCGGAGGUCCCUCCCAACAUGGGAGUUCUUCCUUCCUACACCGAGGCCAACGAGAACCACCCCCGUCGGAUGGUCCCCCGUGCCGAUGGCGCUCUCGCUCGGCUCGACCCGAGCGUGACGCUGGAGGAGUACAUGUACUGGGCCGGCAUCGAGCGGGAGUUGGAAGAGGAGGAAAACCGGCAGUAUGUGGAAGAACGCGGACCCCUCACCGUCGGCAAGGUCGUCAAGGCCCGCUUCUCCAAGGGUGUGCAUCACGAGAACGAGAAGAAGAGGCAGAGGGAGACCGAGGUCCUGCAGGUGUCGGGGAACGAGAAGUCGCCCGAGGGUAAGGAAGGCAUCGUUGCAGCCACGCCGUCGGACUCGUCUCUGGCCGUGUCCGAUGAGGAAUGGCGAACGGCGGCCCGGGCCCUCCGCACGGCCAGCUGGGGAACCGUCUUCUAUCUGAUCACCACCGACGUGUUGGGUUGGGCCAAUGCACCAUUCGUCUUCGCGAGUGUGGGUUACGGUCCGGCCGUCGCCCUGUUUAUCAUUUUUGGCCUCUUCGCCGGCUUCAGUGGCUGGAUCCUGUGGAAGGUGUUCCUGGAGCUCGACUCGACCCGUUACCCCCUGAUCAACUUUGGUGACACUUAUUAUCGGGUCUUCGGUCCCUGGGCCCGCCAUUUGGUGAACAUCGGACAGUCGUUGCAGCUGCUGAUGUCCGUCUCCGUGCUCAUUCUGGGUAACGGCCAGACACUGUCCCAGCUGGCCAACAACAAGCUUUGCUUCGUGGUGUGCAUGGUGAUCAUGAUGAUCAUCGGCAUGGUCUUCGGCAGCAUCCGGUCCCUGCAGCGUCUUGGAUGGUUGACCAACGCUGCGGUCUGGCUGAACAUUGCGGACUUUAUCAUGAUCAUGGUUGCGGCUGGUGGCAAAUUCGGCAUCGACUACUCCGCCACCAUCUCAUCCACCUUGAUUAAGGUCCAGGAGCCGGUCAAGGUGUUUGCCGGACCUCCGCCCGACCAGUACCAGAUGCAGGCCACGGGCUUUGCGGGUCAGUUCACUGGUGUCGACCAGAUGGUUUACAGUUAUGGCGGUGCCAUUCUGUUCGUCUCUUUCCUCGCCGAGAUGCGCCGCCCCUGGGAUUUCUGGAAGGGACUGUUGUGUGCCCAGAUGUUCAUCUGCUUCGUCUACAUCUUCUUCGGUGCCUUUGUCUACAGUUUCUAUGGCCAGUACUCCAUCUCCAACAUCUACAACGUCGUGGAGCCAAAGGGGUUACAGACGGCGGUGAAUAUAGUCUACUUCAUCACAUGUAUUAUUGCAUGCAUUCUCUACUUCAACAUCGGCAUGAAGUCUGUCUACCAGCAGGUCUUCCAGGAACUCCUUAACUUCCCCGACAUCUCCACCUUCCGCGGCCGCAUGCUCUGGUACGGCCUUGGCCCGGUCUACUGGGCCAUUGCCUUCGUCAUCGCCGGUGCCGUUCCCAACCUGAGUGGUAUCUCCAGUAUGGUCGGUGCUGCCCUCAUUCUGAACUUCACCUACACCCUCCCGGGUAUCCUCUACGUCGGAUUCCGCAGUCAGAAGGAUGCGGCCCUUCCGGGCGAGGGAUACAACCCCGUCACCGGUGUGACGACCCGCCACGACGGCGGCUGGAAGCGCUAUGCCCGUGGAUUCAAGAAGAGCUUGUACAUCAACCUGUUCUGUAUCUUCUACUUCUGCGGUGGUCUGGCCUGUUCGGGUAUGGGUAUGUGGGCUGCCAUUACAAGUUUGAUCGAGAUCUUCGGUCCGGGUGGUACGGUUGCCACGUCCUUCGGUUGUGCUGCCCCAGUUUAG